CAAAGCGUCAGCUUCAGUCAGGCAAGUGGUGUGCUCUUGACAUUUCCUCCCCACUGUUUCUCGGUGCUGGAGAAGAAGCCCAUCAGUUCACAUCAUGACAAGCGAAGCUCCCUGUCCACAAGGCGAAAGCCUCCAGGUUUUCAAGGGGACCUUUAUCCAUGCCACUCACACUUCCCCAAUGGAAACGCUCACCCCUCGUAUCCUGGGAGUUAACAGGAUGGGAAAGAUUGUUUUCAUCGAGAAUGUUGAUAAAGAGGAAGAGUUAUCCCAAGCAUGGCAUUUCCAGAAAAAGAACAUCAGAGUACUUCGAGAAAGAGAGGAAUUCUUUAUUCCAGGGCUAGUUGACACACAUAUCCAUGCAUCACAAUAUCCCAACAUGGGAACUUGCUUGGAUCUACCACUUCUUGAAUGGUUGGUCAGAUAUACAUUUCCUGUUGAAUCCAAAUUCAAAGACCCAAAGUUUACAGAGGAUGUCUACACUAAACUAGUGAAAAGAACUCUGAGAAAUGGCACUACCAUUGCAUGUUAUUUUGCAACCAUUCACACCGAAUCAACUUUAAAGCUUUGCAGCAUCAUAGAUAAUUUGGGCCAGCGUGCUUUUGUAGGUAAAGUUUGUAUGGACCUUAAUGACUUGUUUCCUGAGUACAAGGAAAAGUUGUGCGAAGCUGUGGUUGAGACAAAAAGAUUUGUUGCUGAACUAACCGGGCGGGAGUAUCCUCUGGUAAAACCCAUUGUGACUCCUCGUUUUGUGCCUAGCUGCUCUUCUGAAUUAAUGAAACAGUUGGGGUCAUAUGCAAGCUCUGAGGGUUUGCAUAUUCAGAGUCACAUAAGUGAGUCCCGUGCCGAAGUGGAGCUUGUGAAGAGUUUGUUUCCAGAAUGCAAGAAUUAUACUGAUGUUUAUGACAGACACAGCCUCUUGAAUGAUAAGACAAUCAUGGCACAUGGAGUAUACCUCUCCAACGAUGAGCUGAAUGUCUUCCAAAAAAAGGGAGCAGCCAUUUCACACUGUCCUAAUUCAAACAUCUCACUUGGCAGUGGCUUAUUUGAUGUCCGAAAUGCUUUGAAUCACCAAGUGAAAAUAGGACUAGGAACUGAUGUUUCAGGUGGUUACUCUCCGUCUGUACUUAAUGCCGUGCGAGCUGCAAUUGAUGUGACCAAAAUUCUGGGCUUUCAAUCUUCCAAUAAUGAAAGGCUUACAUACCAGGAAAUAUUUAGGCUCGCUACUCUUGGUGGCAGUCAAGCAUUGGGCCUUGAUAACGUGACUGGUAACUUUGAGGUAGGGAAGGACUUUGACGCAAUCCUUGUCAACACCAAUGUCCCAAAUAGUCCAUUUGAUGUAUUCACUGAUGACACACAGGAGGAUAUUUUCCAGAAGUUCUUGAACUUAGGAGAUGACCGGAACAUGGUGGAAGUAUAUGUGGCUGGCAAGAAAGUGGUGCCUUUCCCAAAUGCCUAGAACAAUAAUGCUACCUAAAUCUAGGCAGAUAUACACAGUUACUGCAUAAUAUUUUUAAUCAUAGCAAACAUUGAUUAUAAAAGGCUUAUCGUUGCUGCUUACUAUGAUAUGAUUUUUGUUUCAUCAGCUGCUUUUUUUAUAAUUAGGCUAGGGCUUUAUAUGGUAAAUCCCAUCACUUGACAUUAGUGUAGAAUACCUCGUAGUGAUUGAUACAUCUGCAGUUUGGUUUUUGAGAGUUAGUGAAUUCAUUUGUGUUGUUAUCCAUUUACUUGUAAAAUCCAUCCAUGUGUUUCUCAAGGGUUACUUUUCCCUCUUUGACACUUAAUUUGGGUUUCUCUGGACAUACCAUGCCCAUAGGCACCAUCCAAUAUUACUUCACGAAUCCAAGCACUAGGCGGCAUUUGAGACACAUCAUUCCUGGACAAAUCCAUUUCCCAGAACAGACACAUAUUCCAGUCAAGGUUAACAGAAAGUGAAUCAAGCAUCAGAGGAGUUUGACUUCCCUCAUCCAGGGCAGUUGAGGGACAUUGACCUGGGUAUCAUGAACAGGUGAAGAAAGCACAAACAUUCAUACAGUGACGCAGCAUAGAAGAAGCCAGUUGGGCUAUCAGACUGUGCUGACUCUGUGAAAAAGCUGUCCAAUUAAUUCCAGUUUCCUCAUCCCUUCCUGAUAUUUCCCAUUCCAGCAUUUCUUCAAUUUACCUUCAUAAAGUUAUUGUUGAUUCUGUUUUCACUGCCCUUUCAAGCAGCAUAUUGCAGGUCGUAUAUAAAUCCCUGUGUGAACAAAAUUCUCCUCGUCGCCUCUCUGGAUAUUUUUGUUAGUUUAACUUUAUGUCCUCUGGUUAUCAAAAUCCUUUCAGUGGGAAACAAUUUCUCCUUAUUUUCUCUAUCAGCCUUCAUGUCUUUGAAUACUGCCGUUAAAUCUUCACUUGCUCCUCUCUGCAUUGGAGAGAGGAAUCCAGGAUUGUCUAAUCUUUCCACGCAACUGAAGUCACUCCUCCCUGGUCCCAUUGUAGUAAAUUUGCAUCAUUUCCAAGGCUAAGCCCAGAUUCAGACACAACACUCCCUCUGAGAUCUAACCAACAAUUUAUAUUUAAAUGAUACCUCUAUUUCCAUCGUCCAUGUUUCUGUUUAUGAGAAAAUUACAGAUGGAAUGAAAAUGUCAGUGGCUACCUAAUGGCUUUUUGUGGGACAAAGAGCUGUAUGGCUAUAUUCCUAUGCCACAGAAACUAUAAGAACGCAGUACAGAAAUGGGAAACUGUGCAAAUGAGAAUUAACAGUGCCCUGUCCAGAAAUAAGCCAAGGUUAGGACUUCCUCAUUAUAGUAUUAGCAUCAUUGCUAUGCUGCAACAUAUAGUUUAGGGAGUUGGGAAGACACUAGGAAAUGUAUUGAGCUUUGUUUGGCUACUGGCAAUAAAUACACCCUCAGAUAAUCAGCUUUUGAAUAUAAUGGCAAAAGUUGUGUAUGUGGAUGAUUACAAGAAAAGUAAUAAUAUCAUACUUUUUUAAACAAUGUAAAAAAUUGCUCCUGUGCCCAAUUCUGAUAGAAGGUUUUGGAGUCAAUGAAUAGAUGAGUAAUUUAUACUUACAUAUGCAUGCAUGCUAGACACUCCAGAUUGUGCCCAAUCAGUAGGUUUUUUUUAAUUCAUUCAUAGGAUGUGGGUAUUAUUGGCCAGGCCAGCAUUCAUUGCCUAUCCCUAAUUGCC